AUGAACACAGGAGCAGUGACCAGAGAGCCUGAGGGAAGAGACAAAAUGAGUACUCUUUGCCAGGAGCUGCUGCUACCCAGACCAUUGGAUUCAAGAAAUGAAGACAGCCAUGACAUCUCCAGUGAAAAUCUAGCCAUGGGACAGAGCUUACUUUUAACAGAGGCUUCUGUGGUAGAAACAGAAACGGGUGAGGUUGAAAUACUUGUAGAAGCCGCGGCUAGCAGCAUGUCCCUGAGCAAUCCUGGAAACACGACCAAAGUCCUGGUCAAAGUUGUGGAGCUGUAUUUCUGUGAGCGGUGUGGGCAGAGCUUUUCUGAUCCCAGCCUGCUCUCCCAGCAUCAGUGUGUUGAGCUUUCCAGACAGCACCUCACAAGCAUUCCUCAACUCCAAGGGUUACCACUAGGACUUGCUAACCAGGAUCUGGCUGUGCCUGGAGAAGGCCCAGCUGUCCACCAAGCACCAACACAGAACUUGUCAGAAAGAAGCAGGCAGGACCCUGAGUUAUACACCGAGCCCCUCCUGUGUCCCAUUUGCCAAGCUGAAUUUGCACUGCCUGGUGAGCUAAAGGAACAUUUCAAGGAUCAGCAUAAACCUCAGGGUACCUCAGUUUGCCCUGAGGAAGGUUGUCACUUCAGCUCGGAGGACCGCAAGCAGCUACGGGAUCAUCUGUGGCAUGUCCAUCAGGUUUCUCCAGUAGCCUGUGCCUACCGGGGCUGCCCACUCUUAUUCCGAUGUCAAGAAGAAAUGGCACUUCAUCGCAGGAGCCACUUCCCCUUUCAUUGUGAGCACUGUGACUUCAUCAGUGCCAACACCAAGCAGUUUGGGCAGCACAGACGCAGCCAUGUGCAGGAGGUGGAGACGGUGCUGGCGGCAGGAGCAGUUGGCGAGAGCAAUGAGCAUAGCUUCACUGCUGUGGAGAGAAAGGAACGGACUGAUCAUCUGCUUCUCAACUCAGAGGUAGAAUCACUGAGCAAAUCAGGGAAUUCUCUUGAAGCUCAGCAUGGUUGGGCGGUGAUGGAAAUAGAUUCUGGCCUGGAAGGACAUGCUGAUAGCAAGGAAGUGCUUCAUGAAGACCAGACAGUAUUGACCAAGGAAGAUAAUUCUGGAAAGAGAGGGAAUGCAUUACUGGAGGAAGAAGAGGAGGAGGAGGGAGAGGGGAUCUCAUGCAAGGCAGCCCAAGGGAACAAGAAAGCCUAUACCAAGAAAACAAAAGCAUCUCAUGUCCAGCUGCUCAAAGGAGACGGGGCAAAGGACUCCAAAUACCUGUUCAAGACCCACAUGUGCCCAGAGUGCAAGCGGUGUUUCAAGAAGCGGACUCACCUGGUGGAACACCUUCACCUGCAUUUCCCAGACCCCAGACUGCAGUGCCCGAACUGUCAGAAAUUCUUCACCAGUAAGAGCAAGCUGAAGAUCCAUAUGAUGCGCGAGACUGGGGAGAAGGCUCAUCGCUGCCCUCUUUGCCACUACAGCUCUGUUGAGAAGAAUGCCCUCAACAGGCACAUGGCCAGCAUGCAUGAGGACAUCUCCAACUUUUACUCAGACGUCUACUCCUGCCCCGUAUGCAAGGAGACGUUCAAGCUCAGCCACGCCCUCAAGGAACAUCUUAAGACUCACAAAGCAGAGCCCAAGCAAUUGAGCUGCUUCCAGGCAGGUUGUAGCUACUGCACCGAGGAUCGCAAGGAGUUCCUGCGGCAUGUCCGGGAGGUGCAUGGCAUUAAAGCUGUGGAGUGCAAGUACUAUGCCUGCUCCCUGCUUUUUCCAUCUGCAGAGGUCAUGGAGGUGCAUCGCAAAACACACUAUGCCUUCCACUGCCAGCAGUGUGAUUUCAUCUGCUCCAACAAGCAUAUCUUCCGCAAACAUAAGAAGCAAGGCCACCCAGGAAGCGAAGAGCUCCAGUGUAGUUUCUGCCCUUUUGCCACCUUCAACGCUGUGGAAUUCCAUGACCAUGUUGGGAAGAUGCAUGCGAGCGAGAAGAUACACCAGUGCACUGAAUGCAGUUUUGCCACUGCGCACAAGAGGGUCCUCAUCCGCCACAUGCUGCUCCAUACAGGAGAGAAGCCUCACAAAUGUGAACUGUGUGACUUCACUUGCCGAGAUGUGAGCUACCUUUCUAAGCAUAUGCUGACCCAUUCUGAUGAUAAGAACUACAUGUGCACUGAAUGUGGCUAUGUGACAAAGUGGAAGCACUACCUGAAUGUUCACAUGCGCAAGCACACAGGAGAUCUCAGGUACCAGUGCAAUCAGUGUCCCUACCGCUGCCAUCGGGCUGACCAGUUGAGCAGCCACAAGCUACGUCAUCAAGGCAAGUCCUUGAUCUGUGAGGUGUGCGGCUUCACUUGCAAGCGCAAGUAUGAGCUGCAGAAGCACAUGCUGGCCAAACACUCUCAGGACUACCAGGUGCCUGUCUUCCAGUGCCAGUAUUGCAGCUACCAGACCAAGUACAAGCAAGCCCUGCUCAACCACGAGAACUGCAAGCACACCAAGCAGAGGGAGUUCCGCUGUGCCCUCUGCCCUUACCGCACCUUCAGCAACACUAGCCUCUUCUUCCACAAGCGCAAGGUCCAUGGGUACGUGCCAGGUGACAAAGACUGGCAGGUGAACUAUGCCAGCAAGGAGGUGGAAGUCAGCUCCACUGAGGCUGUGCUCGGUCGCAACCUUGCCAUGACGCUGUGUUCCCACUCCAGCCCUUCUCUGUGUGGGAAAGAGCCGUGGCCCAACAAAGCAAAUUCCCCACCUCCAGAAGCUCAGGCGAAGUUCCAGCGGCGACAGUCUUUCAUCAUACCGGUCUUUGGGAAUGGAAAUAACGCUGAGACACUGGCAGAAGAAGCUGUUGGAGGGCAGGACCACAGCAAGGCAGGCAUGGGUCCUCCAGGAGAAUUCUCCGAGAAAGCACCUGUGAGUUCCAGGGAACCCGGCGAUGUCAGCAGCGUGCUGGAUCAAAAUUGCACCUUGCACCUGGAGCCCUUGUGUGAUUCAGAACAGGCUCUGGAGCAGCUGGCCAAGGAGAUGCCCACAGCUCUGCCAGGGAAACAAGAGGCUCUGGACUGCAGGAUAAUGGGGUCAGCCUGUGAAGCAUUAGGCCCUAGAGAUCCCCUUACGAUGGAGGACAGUGAUCCUGCCCUUGAAGAUAUACCUGACUUUGAGGAGGAAACCGAAGUCCAUGGGGACGGAGAGUUGGAGCAGGAGGAAGAUGUUGGUUCUGGUGUUAGUGAGAACAGUGAAAAGGACACUCGGCAAGAUCCAGGGGGGAAAGAGAAGGACAGGCAGGACCCAGGACCCCUGCAAGUACCACCCAGUCCUGAGGAGGGAGUAGGGUGCAAAGAGCUGAGUGAACAGGAGACCUGGUCAAACGUGUUGAAGUCAGACUCCCUCCAACCUGAUGCCUGCUGUGACUUUUACCUGGCCCCAGGAGGUGCUCUUCUCCAUUCAGAAGAUGUUUCCCAAUCAGAGUCACUUCUCAAGGCUCUAAGGAGGCAGGACAGAGAGCAGGCAGAAACCUUGGUGCUGGAAGGGAGGGUGCAGAUGCUGGUGGUGCAGUCUGAAAGCCCGGUGUUCAGGUGUGAGAAGUGCUCAUACAUCACCAGGAAGGAGAAGUCCAUGUCAGUGCACUUCAAAGUAGGUUGCCAGGGCAGAAAGGGCCCUCUGGUGUGCCAAGAGUGUGGAGCCAUCUUCAAGCAGCAAAGAGGGUUAAACACUCACAUCCUUAAGAAGUGCCCAGUCCUCAUGAAAAAGAACAAUGGAAAAUUAGUCUGCAUGGAUCAGUCUGUUGCUGAACAGACCAGCCAGAAGGGUCUGGAAAUGGUAGAGGCAAAAAGGAAUGGUGCAGGAGCCUUAAAUGAGCUAGAGAUGAGCAAGCUGCAGGAGGGGUCUGGGGCUGUGGGACACGAGGAUGCAGGCUGUCUGGCCACUGUGCAUCCUGACGUACAGAAUUUGGCCGUUGAUCAGCCAUCUCAGGAUGUCCUUGCGAUGGCGGUAGAAGAAAAAUUGUCACAAGCUGCCAUAGACACAGCCACCUCCCAUUCAGAAAAAUACUCCUUGGAAUGGGGCCGGUUCCGCUGUAAGUCGUGUUCGUUCGUCUGUUCCCGAGCGUCCACCAUCCGUUCCCACGUGCAGGCUGGCUGCCGUGGCCUGGAGAGGUUCUGGUGCCCUCUAUGCUCCAAGCCUCUCCGCUCCAAGAGGGCUCUGAAGAUCCACCAAUCAGAAGCGCACGUUGAAGCCCAGCCCACCGAGUUGCUUGGAAGGACCAAAGGCGCCGUCCCCCCAGAAGGAGGAGAGGAGCACGAGAACGGGCAGGCUGGCCGUGCAGAGGUGGGGCAGCCUGAUGGGUCAGCGGCGGCAGCAGCAGUGUCUCCCCACCCAGCCACUGGGCACAAGAGGCGGCACUUCUCUUGCCCCGCCUGCCCUUUCACGUGCCACCAGGAGCGUGCCCUGAAGACUCACAGGAACCGGGGAUGCCUGAAGCGGGGCGAGUUCCGCUGCACACUGUGCCCCUUCACUUCCGAGGCUGACGGAGCCCUGAGGCUGCACCGCAAGGUCCACCGGAAGUACUACAGCACGCGGCCCCAGCUGGCCUGCCACCAGUGUGACUUCACUUGCAAGCAAGCCCGCUGCCUGCGCCAGCACGAGCGCCUCAAGCACGAAGGUGUGAAGCCCCACAAGUGCCCUUACUGUGAGUUCAGCACCACACGGCGCUACCGCCUGGAUGCCCACCAGUCCUUGCACACAGGGGUAGGCCGCAUUGCCUGCCCUACUUGUGGCCAGACCUUUGGCACCAACUCCAAACUGCGCAUUCACCGUUUGCGAGUCCAUGAGAAGAAGCCCACGCACUUCUGCCCGCUCUGUGACUACAGUGGCUAUAUUCAGAACGACAUCACCCGCCAUGUCAACAGCUGCCACCAAGGGGAGCUGAACUUUUCCUGCUCACACUGCGCGGCUCGUUUCAGUUCCGAAACUGCGCUCAAGCAGCAUGCUCUGCGGCAGCAUGAGGAGAAAGUCUCCUACUGUUGUCCGCACUGUGCCUUCGUUUGCCACAGUGAGGCCACCCUCAAGUGCCACGUCCAGAAGCAGCACCCUCACCUGCAGUGCGCUACCUGUAAGGAGACUCUGACCACCCGCGAGGAGCUGGAGGAGCAUAAGAAACUGCACUUCAGUCACCGCUGUGACUGCUGCAGCUUUGCAGCCAAAGAGCGGCAGCAGCUCGUGAACCACUACUUGGAGGCCCACGAGCCCUCUGUGGCUGAGGAAAGGCCGCUCAAGUGCUCCUUCUGUGACUUUGCCUGCCACCGCCAGCUGGUCUUUGACCACCACGUGAAGGGUCACGGCGGCACCCGUGUUUACAAGUGUUCCGACUGUGAGUACACCACCAAGAACAAGCAAAAGAUCACCUGGCACUUCCGCAUCCAUACUGGAGAGAAGCCUUACCAGUGCCCCGUGUGCCAGUAUGCCUGCGCUGACCCUUCACGCCUCAAGUAUCACAUGCGCAUCCACAAGGAAGAGAGGAAGUACCUUUGCCCAGAGUGUGGCUACAAGUGCAAGUGGGUGAAUCAAAUGAAGUACCACAUGACGAAGCAUACAGGAAUCAAGCCCUACCAGUGCGAUGAGUGCCAGUACUGUACCAACCGAGCAGAUGCCCUGCGCAUCCACAAGGAGACGCGCCACCGUGAAGCCCGCUCUUUCAUUUGUGAGCAGUGCGGGAAGGCCUUCAAGACCCGCUUCCUCCUGAAGACUCAUCUGAAGAAGCACAGCGAGGAGAAGCCAUACGUCUGCAACGUGUGCUGCCGCGGCUUUCGGUGGGCGGCUGGCUUGCGGCACCAUUACCUCACCCACACCAACGAGCACCCUUUCUUCUGCCGCUAUUGCAGCUACAAGGCCAAGCAGAAGUUUCAAGUGAUCAAGCAUCUGCAGAGGCACCAUCGUGAGCAGGGUGGGACAGAGGGGGACCUCAGCAAAGGGGUAGGCAAAGACCCCGGCACACUCCCUGUUCACCUGCAUGAUGUUCAGCUGGAAAUGUUCCCCUCCAGGCAUCCAGAGGCUCAGGGAUUGCCACACAGCUAA